CCCACAUGACCACGUGAUAUUGUGACGUCAGCAGGUCCUUACGGAGUAUAGUAUUUAGCCUUUACCAUUGUAUCCGGGAGCCUAGUUUACCGAAAAAGAAAGUAAAGACAGGGGGCGCUGUGCCUGCAAAAGUACAUGGCAUGCGUCUAUGUGCACGGGAGAAGAAGGAAAACAAGGAAAUGGUGGAGGGAGAGCUGCCUAGUGAUUACACGCUAGCCCCGGCGUCCGCCUGGGGGGCAGCGCAUUGAUGGGUUAAACACGGUUUGGCCGAGGAGGAUGGAUUACGAGUUUAAGAGCAAGCUGUCUGCCGAGCGGGAGCGGGUGGAGGACCUCUUUGAAUAUGAAGGUUGCAAAGUGGGUCGUGGUACCUACGGGCAUGUUUACAAAGCCAAGAGGAAAGAUGGAAAAGAUGAAAAAGAAUAUGCACUGAAGCAAAUUGAAGGUACCGGGAUAUCCAUGUCGGCCUGUAGAGAAAUUGCAUUGUUACGAGAAUUGAAGCAUCCAAAUGUGAUUGCCUUACAGAAAGUAUUCCUGUCUCACAGUGAUAGAAAAGUAUGGCUGCUGUUUGAUUAUGCAGAACAUGAUCUAUGGCAUAUCAUCAAGUUUCAUCGUGCCUCAAAAGCAAAUAAGAAGCCCAUGCAGCUACCUCGAUCAAUGGUGAAAUCUUUGCUUUACCAGAUUAUGGAUGGAAUUCAUUAUCUACAUGCAAACUGGGUACUUCAUCGAGAUCUGAAACCAGCAAACAUCCUGGUAAUGGGGGAAGGUCCUGAGAGAGGAAGAGUCAAAAUAGCUGACAUGGGCUUUGCUCGAUUAUUCAAUGCUCCUUUGAAACCACUAGCAGACCUAGAUCCAGUUGUGGUUACCUUUUGGUACAGAGCACCAGAGUUGCUGCUUGGUGCAAGACAUUAUACUAAAGCUAUAGAUAUCUGGGCUAUUGGCUGCAUAUUUGCAGAAUUGUUAACAUCUGAACCCAUUUUUCAUUGUCGUCAAGAAGAUAUCAAGACAAGUAACCCAUUCCAUCAUGACCAGCUGGAUCGUAUAUUUAGUGUAAUGGGAUUUCCUGCAGAUAAAGACUGGGAAGAUAUCAGAAAAAUGCCAGAAUAUCCUACUCUACAAAAAGACUUCAGACGAACCACGUACGCUAACAGUAGCUUAAUAAAAUACAUGGAAAAGCACAAGGUGAAGCCCGAUAGUAAAGUUUUUCUUCUGCUUCAAAAGCUUCUUACAAUGGACCCAACGAAAAGGAUCACAUCAGAGCAAGCUUUACAGGAUCUCUAUUUCCAGGAGGAUCCUCUGCCUACAUCAGAUGUAUUUGCAGGGUGUCAAAUCCCAUAUCCUAAGCGUGAAUUUUUAAAUGAAGAUGAACCAGAGGAAAAAGCUGACAAGAAUCAACAGGCACAAAAUCAGCACCAGCAGCAAGCAGCAAACCAACAGCAGACAGCAGCUCAGCAACAACAGGUUCAGCAGCAGAAUAGCAGUCAGACCAAUGGUACAGGAGGAGCAGGAGCAACUACAGCAGCAGCACUCCAACACAGCCAAGACUCUAGUCUUAACCCAGGACCCCCAAACAAGAAACCACGAAUGGGGCCUUCAGCUGCUAAUUCUGGGGGCCCCUCUCUAAUGCCUUCUGAUUAUCAGCACUCCUCUUCACGACUGGGUUACCAAAGCAACAUUCAGGGAUCUUCUCAGCCCCAGAAUACAUUGGGUUAUUCUACAACAUCUCAACAGAGCUCACAGUACCAUCAGCCUCACAGGUACUAGGGCAGAGCAUUGCAGUUUUGCAUAUGGAUGUCAAGAACAAGAACUUUUUACUGUUCCAAAUUUCCUAUCUUGCUUUUAUUUUAUUUUUUAAUUAAGAGAAUUGUAAAAAUAAAUAUCAAUGAGCCUGCAUCAGGAAAGAUGAUAUACAUGCGAGAUCCAACUCAGGAGUGGCUGGAGUAAAUGGAACUGUAGUACAAUUUAUCUGUACAAGUCAAGUCAAUCUGGGUAGACCUGAACCUCUGCUUUGCCAGCGCUUCAUUCACUCUUGCGAUAGUUCAACAUUUGAUUGCCAGACGUCUUUCCAGUUCAUCAUCCAAAGAGUUAAACUGCUUUGCAGGAUGUAGGGAAAUUCUGCAGUUCAAUUUCUUUUAAACAUAUAAUUUAGUUUGGCUUUUAAUCUGCGUCGCAUUAUAUGAUACAUAGAAGUCAAGACUGGAUACCCCAACAGAUGCAUGAAUAUGUUUGGACCUGCCAAGUGUACAGAUGACCUACA